AAGCCUACUCUCCCAUUCAAUUAGUUAAUCUCUACAUAUCUAUUUCUUACAAGCAACCCUUCAAGCUAGGCCACACCAAGAACCAAGAAAAUGAUGAACCCAAUUCUCUUCUUUCUCUCACUUACACUACUAUUCCACACCCAUUUCAGCACAACCCUAGCUCAGUCCCCUGCAGCAUCCCCGACAGUGCUCCCAGUGCCGACUCCAGCGUCCCCGGUAGUAGCAGCGCCUCUAGCGUCCCCAGUGGUAGCAGCACCUCCAGCGACCCCGGUGGUGGCAGCACCCCCAGUACCGAGUAUUGCUCCCCUCACGCCAGGGCCCCCCGUACCUGCUGGCCGCCCCAACAUCAUGAAAAUCCUCGAAAAGGAUGGCCGCUUUACGCUGUUUCUCCGGCUUCUGAAAAGUACCAGUGUGGGUUCCCAGAUCAAUGCCCAGCUCAAAGACUCAAACAAUGGCCUAACUAUAUUUGCACCCACCGAUGCUGCGUUUUCGAGCCUAAAACAGGGCACUCUCAACUCUCUCACUGAUGAACAGCAGAUCCAGCUAUUGCAGUUUCAUAUAUUGCCUACCUUUAUCACCCCAGCACAGUUUCAAACUGCCACCAACCCAUUGCGGACACAAGCUGGAGGCAGCGAUCCCGGUGAGUUCCCGCUUAACGUGACGACCUCCGGUAGCAUAGUGAAAGUGUCCACCGGCGUUAUGAACACUCCAAUAUCUGGCUCAAUCUAUACGGCCAACCGUCUUGCUGUGUAUCAGGUGGAUAGUGUGCUUCUUCCUUGGAGCAUUUUUGGUACUCCGGUACCAAAAGCGGCACCGGCACCAGCAAAAGCUAAAGCACCAGCACUGACACUGGCACCACUGAUGCCUGCAGAGAAGAAGACACCCCCCGCGAAAAGCACUCCAAGCUCCACUGUUAAUACCUCUGGUACAGUUAGUCUCACCAUGCAUGGAAUGGUGGCGACUGUAGGGAUUGCUAUUGUUGCAUCAUUUCUUUUACAACAAUAGAUGGUGAUCGAUGAAUGUGCCAGCUGGACAGUCAUACUGGGAGUGGGUUCUGAGUCCAUUUGUUUGUGCCUCCGAAUAAUUCGCCCAAGUCCAAAGAUUGAACUAUGAUGAUGUUCAAUUUUGGUUUUUUUUUUUUUUUAAUUUCCUUUUGAUCUGUACUUCUGUUGUUCCUUUCAAACUCUCACUGACUCCGCUGUUAUGCCAUUGACUUGAGCAACUUCAUUGUUGGUUGCUGAGUUUUUCUUUUACUUAAGAUUUAUAAAUCCUCCUUUUUCUUUCCCUUUCAGUUAUUAGCAUACUGAAAUUGAGACUGUACGUUGUGAUGCAACUAUUUGUUUGGAUUUUGUAGUGUUUAAUGUUUAUCAUGAACAAUAAUGGGUUUUUGUAGUGU